AUGUAAAAUGUAGCUAAAUUGCAUUUAGAAUUUUAAGAAACUACAAUUAAAGGAGAUUUACUAUUUCUAGUAUUCCCAAAGCUAAUCUCAGAAGCAACUAUUAUAAAGGUUUUCUUAACUGAGCGAGAUGAAUAGAGCAAUUAAUUUAUUUUAGAUGAUUAAAGCUACGAAGUAAUAGAUAAUCCUAAUACUAAUUAUGAGUUAUUUGAAGAAAUCAAACCAUCAAUUCGUUAGCUUAAUUUGAAUUUUCAUUAAGAAAAUAUAAAUUUCUGUGAAAAUGCAUAUAAAUUAGCAAAAGGUUUUUAAUACUUACCUUAGUUACAGAUCCUUAAGCUUCAAAUUACUAACUAACAUGUUUCUUUAGAUUAAUAUAAGUAGAUAUUUUUAGAUUUAUCAAAAUUAUAAGAAUUGACUUAAAUUGAUUUAUUGAUUUGCGAUAAUAUGAGUAGCACCCAAAUAGUUGGGGAUGGGUUCUAAGAUUCUGAGAUAUUUGUUUAGGAAAUUCAGUUAAAUAAUCUGGCUAAAAGUAUUUCUUUUGCUUAAAGCCUUCAAUCCUUUUACUUAGAUAUAACUAACUUAUAAAUUUAAGAUGAAUUUGUUUUAAAAUUAGGACAAAGUCUUUCAAAAUUAGCUUCUAUAAAUGAGCUAAGACUACAUUUUAGUGAAAAUAAAAUAACAGACAAAGGUAUUUCUAGUAUUUGUUUUGCGAUUGAACAAUUAAUGUAGCUCGAAUAAAUAUCAAUCAGUUUAUAGAAUAAUUAUAUUACUGAAUCUGGAUAUCUGCAUUUAAAAAAUUCUCUUCAAAAGAAGAUUACACUGAAAAAUUUAGAUUAAGAUUUUAAGUGGAAUAGAGAUGAACUUAAUAUUCCUAAUAAUUUUGCUGAAAUAUUAGUUUUUGAGAAUAAUUCUAUUAGAAACCUUGAACUUAACUUAAGAGUUUUUAAUUAAUUGAACUAAAAUAUUGUUGAUUAGAUUGCAAAAUCAAUAUAGUAAUCAAAAAAUAUAGAGACUUUGAUUAUUGAUGCAGAAAAAUCGUUUUUCACACUUAGCUCUUCUAAAAAACCAUUACCUGUAAGUGAUUUAAAAUAGCUUAAAAGACUAAUUAUAUUUAGUGACCUAUCUCAUGAUGAAAAUAGAUAAGUAAAAAAAUAUAUUGUAAGAAAGUCAUUAAGAUUAAUUGAAUUAAUAAUAACCAAUUAUUUUUGA